AUGGGUCUCGGAGUAAACUAUUUUCUAGCCGAACUAAUAUGGCCUGCGCCUGUUCCUUCGUCGAAGAGCCGUCCUACAUGUGAGAACUCCUGGAGCAACCUGCCUACCUCGAUCACCACGUCUGCGGGAGUGACAAGGAGAUAUUCCACCAAUUCAAUCAAGGCGACGAGCACAGCUUUUCUGAAAGCCAACACUGAUGUCAGCGCUUCUCACGUGCAUCCCAGCUUGCUGAGGCCUGCAAAACGCGCUAACACCCAAGAAUCGGUUGUUUCGAAGCUGCGCACUGCUUUUCCUGAAGAAGAUAUUAAAGGAGAACCAGCUGGUAAAGAUGCUCCCGGUGAUCCUCCUCCUGGAGCCGCGGGUGAUAAAGUUCCUGCACAUGAUGCGCCUGCUGGAGACGAUACUGCAUCGCCGCCAGCGACGGGAGGGGAAAACCCCGAGGCCGGAGCAGGUGGUGGCGGUCCGGAUGCGGGCGCUGCAGAUGAACCAAAGAAAGAAGAUGCAGCAGCACAACCACCCGCCGGGGAGAAGGGGGUGGAAGGAGCGGAAGAGGGUGCCGUGAAAAGCGAAGAGCCAGGUGAUGCUACACCAUCUUCUGCACCCGGGGGAGAACAAGCAGCUGGUGAGCAGCAUACUGGGAAAGACAACGAAGGACAGGCUCCUGCGGCCGGACCAGGACCAUCAGAAGAGCAUAAAGAUCAGCCACCCGGACCCGCUGCGCAGGGAGAUGAAGAACACAAGAAAGACGUCGCAGAGGUUGACUCUCCUCCCCCACCUCCCUCACCAGAAAUGGCUCCUCCGGCCACGGACGACGCUCAAACCACCAAGGAUUUGGGCGCCGCCCCCGAGGAAAACGAUACCGAAUCCAAGGACGACACCAAGGCCGAGAAUGGGCAGGCAACCAGCCCGCUGGACUCGAAGCAAUCCGCCGCCGAGGACGUGCGCAAAGACGGCGUUCUGACGAAGAAACUGGACCAAAAGGCGGUCGAAGAGCAGGAGGAGGCGGCGAAGCGGCUGGCGAUGGAUCCGCAGCCGCUAGAAUCGAUAGCGGCUCCGGGUCGCAGUUUGAAAAAGUUUGACGGCGGCGGUGGAAAGAGCUUUGCGAAAAGACCGGAACCGGAACAGAAAAAGUACGUGAAGGAAUUGCUGAGCGUGUAUUCCAGCCGGAUGGACGAUCUGAAGCAGGUUUCCAAGAAAUUGAACACCUUAAACAAGUUGUACGUGCAGGAGAAGGAGAUGAUUGACAAGGCCGGGAAAAUCGAAUCCACAAUCUCCCACGCCACACCCGGAUUGAAGUGUGCAGCGUGUGCGUUCCUGCCGGAAUUGGCGCACAGCGGGACGAAGCAGGAUAUUUGCGGAGGGGACUGUGCGGGCGGGGUGCUGGGCGGUGGUGGGAAAGGCCAGGCGUGA